AUGACUGGCCAUGCUUGUGACAAGUAUGAUCAAGAUGAUGGUCAAGACGAUGGACAGGUCUGCCAAGAGUCUAGAUACGAUUUCCUUGGAGUCUUGCCUGGAUUGUGUUUUGUGGGAAACAGGGAGUGGUUUUUAACAUUGUUUUUUUCUCAUACUUCUUUUUUAACUCUCUUUCAGAAUUCCCCACUCUACCAAUAUCUGCAGGAUUUGGGACACACAGAUUUUGAAGUAUGUUCAUCUGUGUCGCAGAAGGCAGAGCAAUGUGCAGCAGCAGAAAGCCAAAGAGAGCGGACUGUGCACACUGCCCAGAAACAAAGCAUCCUGUCAAAACUAGUUGAGUUCUUUAGAAGUUGGUUUCCUUUUCCACAGUAUAAGAAAAACGAUGACAUACUUCACCGACUGGAUGUUGGAUUUCGAUUUGACACGCUCCGUACCAUCCUGCAACAGGAAGUUCUGCUGCAGGAGGAUGUGGAACUGAUUGAGUUCCUUGACCCCAGUAUCCUGUCUGCAGGGCAGUGUAAGCAACAGGAAAACAGACAGCUUCCAACACUACGCUCCCUAGCAACUCCUAAUAUUUGGGAUGUCUCGCUGUUGCUUGCCUUCGUAAGCGCGCUGCUUAUGCUUCCUUCGUGGUGGAAGGAAUCGUCGUGGCUGCCGUGGGGGGUAGUUCUGCUUGUCUACGCAGUCUUUCGCGUGUGGGGCACAUGGAGGACAGCCAAGCUGCAAAUGUCCCUGCGAAAAUACUGUAGCCAGCUGGAAGAAACAGUGGCUAAUAGCCGAGCUUUUACUAAUCUCGUGAGGAAAGCUCUACGACUCAUUCAAGAGACUGAAGUAAUUUCCAGAGGAUUUACCCUUUUGCUUGACAGGGUCAGUGCCGCUUGCCCAUUUAAUAAAGCUGGACAGCAUCCUAGUCAGCAUCUUAUUGGUCUCCGGAAAGCUGUUUAUCGAUCUGUCAGAGCCAACUUUCGAGCUUCAAGACUGGCUACUCUGUACAUGCUGAAAAACUACCCGCUGAACUCGGAGAGCGACAACGUGACCAGCUACAUCUGUGUCGUCCCCUUUAAGGAGCUGGGUCUGGGACUGAGUGAAGAGCAGGUGUCUGAAGAGGAGGCACACAAUCUCACCGAUGGCUUCAGUUUGCCUGCGCUCAAGGUCCUCUUUCAGCUCUGGGUAGGGCAGAGUUCAGAGUUCUUCAGGAGGCUGGUACUGCUCCUCUCCCCAGCCAACGCGUCCCCCAAGCCCUUGGUCUCCCCCGAACGGCUGCCUCAUCACAUCUUGUCGGAUGUGACUCAAGGCCUACCUCACACACAUGCUGCCUGCUUAGAGGAGCUUAAGCGAAGUUAUGAGUUUUAUCGGUACUUUGAGACUCAGCAUCAGUCAGGUUUCGAACGGCCAGCCAGAACAAAGCAGAAGUCAAGAGAGCUGAACAGUCUUCAGACAGCUGUACGCAGCUUGCAGCUUCAUCUCAAGGCACUGCUCAAUGAGGUAAUAAUUCUGGAGGAUGAACUUGAAAAACUUGUUAGCACUAAGGAGACACCUGAGUUGACAACAGAAGCCCAUCAAGUUCUGGAACAAAAACUGAAGUUUAUUCAGCCUCAUAUCCAGGCAAGCAACAGCUGCUGGGAAGAAGCAAUUUCUCAGGUGGAAAAAAUGAGUGGAAGAAACCCAAAUAAAAAAG